AACGCCCCACCUCUCGCCUCUCGCCACACAACCGCACAACUCGCUCACAAUCACUUGGUGGCUGGCAGCACUGAAGAGGCACUACGCAAUUUAAGCGAGCGUCAUGGCGAAAUUCAACAUCAAGAUAUUCAGCGACAAUGUCUGCCCGUGGUGCUUCGUCGGCAAGAGGAACCUCGAGACCGCCAUGAAGCAAUUCGCUGCGAGGGAACCGUCCACCCAAAGCCCCCCCGUCUUCGACGUGCGGUGGAAGCCAUUCUUCCUCAACAUCGAGGCGCCAGAGACAUCGGAGUUGCCCAUAACGGAGUACUUGGAAAAGAAAUACGGCAAAGGGGCAGGGUCGCGAAUGGCGGCGUCGCUGGCGAUGGCAGGGGAGGCUACCGGCAUCCGUUUCAACAACGACAGGAAGGUGCACAACACCAUCCGCUCGCACCGUCUUGUUCGAUUCGCGGAUGGCCAGGGCAAGGGAGGCGAGAUGAUCGAUCAGCUGUUCCACGCCUACUUCGAGCAGGGAAGGAAUAUCGCGGACGUGGACGUGCUUUUGGAGUUGGCGGAGAAGGCUGGAGUUGAGUGCACGAAAGAUUACCUUGAGGGCAAGGAAGGACAGGAAGAAGUCAUCAGCGAGUAUAAACACGGUAUCCACAACCACGGCAUCUCGGGGGUCCCGUACUUCAUCGUGUCGCGCGAGGGUAGUAAGGCAACCGUUCCGCUGUCCGGGGGGCAGCCGCCCGCGGCGUUUGUCGAAGCCUUCGAAGCGUUGUCGUCGUAGUCAGACCACGAAUGGGUACAUGAUCCCCCCCCCCAAGAGAGACGUGUGAGGUGUGGGAGACGUUGUUUAUGUAUCGGUGACACCGUUGGAUGUGCACAGAAUGUAUUCGCAGUCCGUAUCUCGACUAGCUUUCAGAAAGUUACCCCGUGAUGUGGCCAUGAUCAACGUCAACCACGGGUUGGGCUUUCAACCACCAGCAGGACCCAUGAAUACUAGCGCGCCGUUGUGGUGUAGGGUGCGUAGAGUUUACGAGGAGCCUUGAAACGUAUGCCGGGGAUUGCCGUUCACAAGGCAAAACUGCUGUCUAUGGUCGAUGUGGUGUAUGAUCGUGCACGGGUGGAUGUAGUUUACAAGAAUGGUGUGCUUUUGAACACCUGCGUGUUGCACACAACGUGCUUUGAACUAGAAACAAGUGUUAUUUUGUGCCUGAAGUGCCGUACGGCAUCACUGCAGAGAGCAGAAAAUUGUUGGUUGGUACGGGGUGUCUUUUCUUUGGAAUCUUGGGGGAAUAUAUGGGUGCCAGUAUGUCGUCCUUUGCAAUUUCGCAUGUUGUACGAUUGGACAGGUUCGGAAGUCCCUGGAGGGUCAAUCACCCUUGCGUGUGACCCCAGAUCCAAGAUACCGUUGUUUAAGUCUCGGGGCACCGCGAUAUGCUGUUAGAAUUUGGUUGUGAAGUGCGUUGGCACCUCAAUAGGGCAGUCAACCAGUCACAAGAAUGCGAACGUUGCUUACAAAGCAGGCACCUCGUGCAUGACCUGCGUGAGCCGUACACAAAUUGACCCGAGAGAGUGAACGAG